UCCAUCCUCCCUCUCUCUCUCCUCCCUCUCUCCCGUAGACAUCACCGUCUCUCCUCCCCCUCUCUCCGCCGCCACAGCCCUCCCACCACCGCAGCUCCCUCUUCCUCUCCCAUGCCCACCGCCACCCCUGACCUCCGCCGCGCCGGCUGUCCUCACCGCCCUGCCGCGCCUAUUGUCCCCGCCGCCCUGCCGUGCAGCUGUCCCCGCCUCUCCUGCCGCGAUACGCUGCCCAUAAACUCACCGUCGUGCCACGCUGACCCCACCACGAUUUUUAUGUCGCCGCCGCCGCGAGGUCAAGACUCUUCCCUGCCUUCCUCUUUCCUCAUCCCUAUUUUUUUCGAGAUCUGAUUUUUUGUUUUAGUCUCUGCUGGUACCAAUACCACUGGUAGCGCUAUUGGUACGCUACCACUACUCACUAGUACCAAUACCAGUGGCUCCCCUAUCAUCUGGUACCACUAUCAUCUGUUUUUUUUUUUGUGUGUGUUAUUCUCUACUGGUACCGCUACCAAUGCUAGUGGUAGCGCUACCAGUGCUAGUAGCGUUGUGUUAUUCUCUACUGGUACCGCUACCAAUAUGGUAGUGGUAGCGUUGUACUGGUAGCGUACCACUAGUACUGGUACAUUUUUUACUGGUACCGCUAGCACUGGUACAUUUUUUACUGGUACCGCUAGUACUGGUACAUUUUUUAACAUACUGGUAGCGUACCACUAGCACUGGUAUAUUAAUUACCAGUAGACUAAUAGAUUGGUACACUUUUU